GCCACCAUCGCCAUGUCUGAUCAGGAGGCAAAACCAUCAACUGAGGACUUGGGGGAUAAGAAGGAAGGCGAAUACAUUAAACUCAAAGUCAUUGGACAGGAUAGCAGUGAGAUUCACUUCAAAGUGAAAAUGACAACACAUCUCAAGAAACUCAAAGAAUCAUACUGUCAAAGACAGGGCGUUCCAAUGAAUUCACUCAGGUUUCUCUUUGAAGGUCAGAGAAUUGCUGAUAAUCAUACUCCAAAAGAAUUGGGAAUGGAGGAAGAAGAUGUGAUUGAAGUUUAUCAGGAACAAACAGGGGGUCAUUCAACGAUUUAGAUAUUCUUUUUAUUCUUUUUCUUUUCCCUCAAUCCUUUUUUAUUUUUAAAAAAUAGUUCUUUUGUAAUGUGGUGUUCAAAAUGGAAAUGAAAACUGGCAUCCCAUCUCUUUAAAACAUCCAGUAAUUUGAAUUCUAGUGCUCAUUAUUCAUUGUUUUCGUCGUGCUGAUUUUUUGGUGAUCAAACCUCAGUUUUCUUCACAUUGUCUUCUGCAUUUUAAAAAUUACAUGUGUGCACAGAAAGGCUGCAGAUUUCAGGACUGUGCAUUUUCAGGCUUGUGAUCAUAAGGUCGACCCGUGCGAUUGUUCCUGGUGGCCCUGAAGUUCGUGGCUUUUCAGGUGGCCCUGAAGUUCAAGCUUGUGAUUGCUUCACUCCUGGACU